UUCCUUCAAGUUCCUCGUAGACUCCUCCCUGCUGAAACUGUCCAAAGCGGCACACACUUCCUGUUUUUAUCUUCCCUGAAUAUACCCAAGCAUAUUAUCCACUGUCUUCCUUGUUCUUGUCACAACAUUCACAGUUGGAGCAAAAUUACUGGUACUGUUUUUGGCAGACAAAUAUCAUUGAAUCAUUGGUCCAAUAUCAUUCAUUUCCAUUCUUCCAAUCCAUAUCCAAUUCAUGAUGUGUUCAUGUGUUUUUAAGCAUCACACCAUCUUGUGUCAACGUUGCUCAUCAUUGAAGCAAAGAUAGAUAUUAAUUAGACAUGGAGAGUCCUCCUCGUCAUCCCUCUUAUGUGAUCGUUGCGUGUGAUGCCACCAGGGACCGAAAUGAGCACGAGAUUAAGAUUGUAGUUGAUCAUGUUCGGGCCAAGGGUAUUAUUCUCUCUGCUGGUGAUAAGUUGCUUGUGCUCUGUGUCUUGCAUAAGGUGUCUCACCCUAUGGGGUACCAGACAUUAGCUUGCCUGGAGUCUUUUGCUGGUACAAACUUCCGUUCAAUGGAGGAAGAAGUCAAAAAGAAAUUGGAUGUGUAUUCAAAUGAGCUUUUAUCAAGUUAUGAAGAUUUUGAAAAUGUUAGCAUUGAAGUUCAAGUCACUGCAGGUUUUCCAAUUAGACAGGUUAUUUUACAAGAGGUUAUGAACUAUAAUGCAUCUUGGAUUGUACUUGAUAGAUACCUUCGGCGCGACCUGAGAUUCCACCUUAACAAGAUGCCCUGUAAGGUGGCAUUGGUUAAAGAUGACUUGUCUUUGGACAUAUGGAGAUCUCAUUACUCAAAUGAUAAAAUUGUCACAGAAACAAAGCUUGUUUAUUCCUUAUCCAAGAUUGUGUCUCUAUCACAAUAUCAUAGUAACCAAGAUUUUGAUCAUUCUAUUCACUCUUGCAAAAGUUAUCCACGUUCCAUAACUUCUUCUGAUAGCUCUACCACGAUUAAGAGCUACACAAAGCAUUCACACACUAACAGGUCACGGGAUCACAACUCCUCUAAUUUUGGAUCUUCUGCUAAGAUAGAAAAAUCAGGUACGAGCACCAAAGGAGAGUACAGACAAUUCAUUACUUCUCAUAUUGGCCAAAAGCAAAACCAAGGUGAUUUUCUACCAAAGUCAUCAGAUGCACCAAUUCUCUGUAAUGGCUGUGGGACAAGGACUGAGUUGUCUAUCAAUGAGUCUAUGAGGUUCACCUAUCCUGAGAUACAGCUUGCCACUAAUGAUUUUUCAAGGAAUAACUUAGUAGGUGAAGGUGGUUAUGGUCAUGUUUACAAGGGUGUGCUUAAAGAUGGACAACAAAUUGCUGCAAAGGUAAGGAAAGAAGAAAGCACACAAGGGUUUUCUGAGUUUCAUUCUGAGGUGUAUGUCUUGAGUUUUGCUCGACACAAGAAUAUAGUGAUGUUGUUGGGUUAUUGCUGCAAAGAACGGAAAAACAUUCUGAUAUACGAGUAUAUCUGCAAUAAGAGUCUCCAUUGGCAUUUAUUUGAAAAUACUGGAACAGUUCUUGAUUGGCACCAAAGGUAUGCUAUUGCCAUUGGGACUGCAAAGGGAUUACGUUUUCUACAUGAGGAAUGUCGUGGGGGUCCUAUUAUUCAUCGCGACAUGCGACCAAGCAAUAUACUCCUUACUCAUGAUUUUGUUCCCAUGCUAGGUGACUUUGGCCUUGCCAAAUGGAAGACUGGUGAUGAUCCUCUUCAAACAAGGAUAAUGGGCACAUUAGGAUACCUUGCUCCAGAGUAUGCUGAAGAGGGUAUUGUUUCUGAAGGGACAGAUGUAUAUUCUUUUGGGGUUAUUUUGAUACAAUUGAUAUCAGGACGCCUAGUAGGAAAUUCCAAUAAUCCAGAAAAACACCAGCAAUCUCUCCGACAAUGGGCUGAACCAAUUAUUGAGAAGUUGGCUUUACAUGAAAUGCUUGACCCUCGUCUUGGUGAAUCAUGUGACACGUAUGAACUAUACCUUAUGGCUAAAGCAGCAUGCCUUUGUAUGCAAAGAAAGCCUAAUAUGAGACCCUCAAUGGGAGAGGUUGUGCGCCUUCUUGAGGGAGAAAGUAGCCACUUCCUCUUCUUGGAAGAUCAAUUUGCACCUAAUCACAAUUAAUGGUUGCGAGGAGAAAGCUGAUCUCUUCAAUAUAAUUUCGCUCCUCUAAAUUAAGAGACUCAAUUUAGAAGGCAAAGUAAAUUCUCAUUACCGUUGAUUGAUAAAUCAACAGUUGAGAUUUUUAAGAAUAACAUAGUGUGUUGUACAUGUAUAAGUAUAUGAUCCUAAUCACAAUUGUUGAUUUCUCAGUCAAUAGUUGUGAUUAAAUACUUUAUUCUCUGAUGGAAAUCAUUAUGUAGUCUUCAAAUUGGUUUUGUUUGUCAAUGCU